AUGAAGGACUAUUUCCUACUGGAUGCAGUUGAGGAUGGAAUGGAUGCUGACGCUGUAGCUUCAAGUCAUCCACUUUCCUUCAAAAUAGACAAAGCUACAGAAGUUGCCGAAGCCUUCGACUCAAUAACAUACGCCAAAGGGGCGUCAAUUCUCACAAUGUUGCAGGCUUUAAUUGGCGAAGAAAAGUUCAAAAAAGCUGUGACGGUAAGUCACAUUAGCUGA